AUGACUUUGGCUUACUCUAAGGAUGGUUUAAAUCCAAUGUCUUUUGGUGAUUCAAAUCUAAAUCCAAUGAUGGAAAGAUUGAGAUAUCAAAGAGCUUCCGGAAGGUUCUGUGACGCGUGUAUUUUUGUGAAGGACAGAAUGUUUAGUGCCCAUCGGUCAAUACUUGCUUCUCAUAGCCCGUAUUUUGAUUCUGUUCUUCGAUUUGAUAAAAUUACAAAAGAAAAGAUUGUUGUAAACUGUCAAGAACCUUUGGUAUUUGAACGGAUUCUUAAUUAUAUGUAUAGUGGAACAGUGCAAAUAGACAGAGACGUUGUUGUUGAAAUGUUAAAGUUGGCUAAUAAUUUAUUGAUGCUUAGACUUAAAAAUCUCUGUGCUGAUUAUCUUAUGCGGUAUAUUGAUGUCUCUAAUUGUUUAUGUGUUAGAGAUCUAGCAACUCGUUACAAUUUACCGCGUUUACAUACUCGAGCUUCUGAAUUCUUUGAUAGCAAUAUAAGUGGAUGUUUGUUAGAGAAUACAGAUUUACUUGAAUAUGAAGCUUCACAACUUCUUUCACUUUUGGAAGAAGCUCAGCAUAUAAAUAAUGUUCCUCCAGAUGUUUAUUUAAGUUUAAUUAUUCGUUGGGUUGGAUAUAAACUUUCUGAACGGGAACAGCUUUUUCCCUUUUUACUUGGAAGAUGCAAUAUUCAGCAAAUAUUGCCUGCAAAGCUUGAACGUCUUCUUGAUUUUAAUCCUUUUUUCAAUCAAUCAGAAAUUUCACUUCAUGCUAUUUUACAAGAAAUGCAUAAUCAAGGUAUUCAAAUGCCUAAAUAUGAAUUGCGGUAUAGAAAUCUUGUACAACGAAUUUGUGGAGAUAAAAAUUCAGAAGUAACUCAACGACGCCGAAGUUGUUCAGUUACUGGGUUGGGAGGUGGAAACAUUACCGGUAGUCAACAUUAUGUCAAUUCAUCUUUGGAUAUAAAACGUUCACAUGUUGGUAUUGACGAAGAUGAAGAUGAUCCCGAAUUUGUGUCAGAGAUUGGACAUUUUUCAACACAACAAUGCACAAACUUUCAAUCAAAUCUACAACGUCCAUGUGAAUCUGAAACUGCAAUUUCCAAUAGUAAUUCAGCAAUGCGGCAAUGCCCUUCUGGUUCUCUCAAAUUAAAAAUACAUUUGCCUGUGAAACAAAAACAAUUUCUCGAUAAAUCAAUGAAUCGUAGAUUGAUAGGAUUAAAAUUGUAUCGAAAAUCAAUUGCUUCUGCUACUGGGAAAGCAUUUCGACGAAGAGGAAGACCACCAAAGCUACGACCACCUAGGCCUCUCACUGACUUUACAGGCGUUGAUGAGGAGCCUAAUUCGAUUUUCUUCGAAUUUGCUGAAGAAACAGAAGGAUCAAUUCCAGCUGUUGUUUUUGAUGAGGAAGAAGAUGAAUUUGACCCCGAAAGAGUUGAAUUUUUUGAAGCACAGAAUGAGCAACAGAUUCGCCAAAAUUUGUUUACUAGUGGAAAACAAAAAAGUUUAGAGAAAAAUCCAUUAAAUAAUGAAAUUGAAAGAGAUUUUUCAAAUAAAGCUCUGUCAAUGCAAUGCCCACAUUGUUCUUUUUCUACUCACCAUGGAAUUAUCCAUUUACGCAAACAUAUAAUUGCAACACAUUCAAAAAAUGUUCUCUAUGUUUGUAAUAAAUGUGAUUCGUGUACUUAUUCUGUUGAUAGACUUCCUGUUUUGCUUACUCAUCGUUUAAUUCAUACAAAUGAAAAACCUCUUAAAUGUCCUGAUUGUUCUUUUCGAUGUCGUAACAAAUCUAACAUGAUUGUUCAUUAUCGUUUACAUUCUGGAGAGAAACCUUUUCAAUGCAAUAUUUGUUCAAAGCGUUUUGUUCUUAAAAGAACUUUAGAAAAUCAUUCAAUUACACACCAAGACGAACGACCAUUUCUUUGUGAUCAAUGCAAUUUUAGUACUAAAUAUCAAUCUCAUUUAAUAUCUCAUAAACGAAUUCAGUUUAGUUUAUUUUUAUGUUUUAAAUCUUUUUUUUUUAGUUCUGGUGAUUUAUAUCGAUGCCAUAUUCCUGAUUGUGAUUAUUCAUCACCAAAGAAAAGUCAACUUGCUGCUCAUUUAAGAACUCACUUAAAUGUGCGUUCACAUAAAUGUCGGACAUGUCACCGUUCUUUCAUUGAAAAAUCUCAUUUGGUAAGACAUGAACGUAUUCAUUUGGAAGAAAAACCAUUUAAAUGUCAAAAUUGUGAUUAUGCUUCAUCUAGACGAGACAAAUUAAAAGAACAUAUUAUUAAACACCACAAUAAUCAAGGAAAUAAUACUAAACUUUUGAAACGUAGAUACCGCCGUGCUCGCCAAUUACAACAAUUAAUCGCACAAGGAAAGUUAUUGCCAUCUACUGCUUCAUCAGAGCCUUCUACAUCAAAUCCUCAACAACCAUCACAAACUAACUUCUUUCGUCCUAUAAUGAUUAAUGACCAACAACAACAACAUAUUAAUCAACAACACCAAAAAUCCCGACAAUUUUGUCAAAAUAAUUCAAAUCAAAAUCAAUUUUUAGGACAACAACAGCCUCAGAAUAGAUUUGUAUAUAGUAAUUUAGAGGCUUUAAAUGUUGCUGGAUAUAGUGGAUCUAUGGCUAUGAUUUCUGGAGGAAGUCAACAGGAAUAUCCACAGCAACCACAACAAUGCCAUCAAAUGAAUCGUCCACUUUCUGUGCAGCCAAUAAUGGUAACUAAUAAUUGUGGUCCUACUGAUUUAGUGAGCCCUUCAUGUUUUUCUAUGGCUACAGACUUUCAAGAUAAUAUAUGCAAUUCUGGAUCGAUUAGAAUGAAUGUACAAUUGCAGCAACAACAACAACCAACACAGAUUACAAAUUCCAUUGGUCAACAAAAUUCUAGAGCUACUCCAAACACUAGUGCAUUAAGCACUCCAGGUCCACCUUCUAUGGCAAUGCUUGAUAAUACUGGAAAUAAUGGGUCAUGUUCACAACCCCAGCAGCAAUUUCAUCGAGAACUACAAAAUUUAGCGAAUGCUAACUUCUUUCCCCAAUUCGACCCUCAUAAACAACAGCAAUACCAAGGAAGUGUUGGUGCUGUUGGUCCACAGAUGUUGGGUACUGGUCUUCUCUUCUCGAGUGCACAGCUAUUUUGCGAUCCUCAUAACACACAACAUCAGCAGCCACAACAACAACAACAAAUGCCCAUCGAUCAACAACACGAGCAACAACAGUUGCAACAGCAAUUGAAUCGGCCAAUGAGUUUACCAAAUUAUGGUGCUGGUAAUAACGUAAAUAUUCAACAGCUACAACAAGAAUCACAUCAUUCACAUAUGGAUCAACAAAAACAAGAUUUACACAAUUAUCAGAAUUUAGAACAGACUUUGAAUAUUGAACAAUGGCAGGAACAACAACAUUAA